AUGACGGGGGCGGCAGUACACGAAGAAUAUCAGUAUCUCGACCUCAUCCGCGAGAUCUUGGAGCAGGGCGAGCGGCGACCCGAUCGAACAGGCACGGGGACUCUGUCCAUUUUCGCCCCGCGGCCGUUCAAGUUCAAGCUCAACGACAAUGGCCGCCCGAUCCUUCCUCUCCUCACCACGAAACGCGUCUUCACCCGCGCCGUCAUUGCGGAACUACUCUGGUUCAUUGAGGGCAACACAUCGUCUAUCGCGCUGAACGAGAUCGGCGUCAAGAUCUGGGACGGCAAUGGCUCCCGCGAGUUCCUGGAUAAUCUGGGGUUGACACACCGCGAAGUCGGCGACUUGGGACCCGUCUACGGUUUCCAAUGGCGACACUUUGGCGCAGAGUACAAAGACGCAAAGACCGAUUACACCGGCCAGGGUGUUGACCAGUUGGCGGAGAUCAUACACAAGCUCCGCACAAACCCCUACGACAGACGAAUGAUCCUUUCCGCAUGGAACCUCAAGGACAUGCCCAGCAUGGUGCUGCCGCCUUGUCACAUGUUCGCUCAAUUCUAUGUCUCCUACCCGGGACAAGGUCAGGAAGUGAACGGAUCAGCUGAGAGCAAGCCAAAGGGUCAUCUACACUGCCAACUAUACCAACGUUCAUGCGACAUGGGCCUGGGUGUACCAUUCAACAUUGCAAGCUAUGCGCUCCUAACACACAUGAUCGCCCACGUCUGCGAUCUGGUGCCUGGAAGCCUCACACAUGUUAUGGGAGACGCGCAUGUCUACCUCGACCAUGUGGAUGCUCUGAAGACACAGUUGGAACGCGAGCCGCGCGCUUUCCCAGAGCUAGAGAUCGCUCGUGAGAAGGGCUGCAGCAUUGAUGGCUGGAAGGUGGAAGAGUUUGUCAUCAAGGGAUACGAUCCGCAUAAGACCAUUGCAAUGAAGAUGUCUGUAUAG